UUCCGUUGUAUAUGGUUGUAUCAUAGCAACCAACUGAGGGCGCGUGUGGUUUCCAUGGACACCGUUGAUACCAAACUGUCGGUAGAAGUUUAGAAAUAGAGAAGAAACUUGAAAUACACGUUUCAGAAUAUCACAGCCGGUGCUAUGGGGGUAUCACUGACGAGGGCAGCUCAGUGGACCACGGCCAGCUCUGGUACUGGCAAACUUGAGUUCACGCCAAUGAAUGAGUCCUUGUUGAAAGAAAUCCUGAGCUUUGUGGAGCAGUUCAGCUCCCGACACCCACAGGAGGCAGAGCAUGUGUUUGAGGAGCCUCUCCAGUGGAGUACCACUUUAGUGGCAUCUGAUUUCAAAACAGACUAUGACAUCAGUGACUCAGAUGUACAGUCCCAUGAGACAGACAGCAAAGGGCUUCCAUUGUUGCAGCUCUCCCCUCCUACUGUUAAUGUGCGCAGCUUCAGCCAGCUCUCCAAACUACUUCAUCUGGCAGAUGAUAAGAAACUGGAAGAGGUUCAAGCAUGUCUAGAAGAAAAUAGAGACCCUGUCGUUAAGAUUCUUGGUUCCAGCGUUGCCAGCAUCCCGGAGAAAGAAAAUGCCAAAACUGAUGUACUAAGUCCGGUAGACAAAGUGAAAGAGGAAGAUCAAGGCGAGGACUCGGAGGUCAAGGUCAAGCUGUUCCUCUUGCUCCAAGAUUUCGAUAACGAGCUCCUCAGCAAGUGCCUCGAAGACAUGGCCGGACAAGUCAGGCUUGACCCCACCGCAGUGAAGGAUGAAGUGGAGUCGUUGAAACAGUUCUGCAGUGAAGGGGAAAAGAGGGUGUUGAAGUUGAUUCGAUACACAUCAGAUUAUAUAUUUUCAAAUGGCUGCCGUGCCCCUCCAUGGAGACAGGUGCAUGGGGAGAUUUGUUACCUAGUGAUUGAGCCGUGUGACACCGAGGCCCUCUGCAUCACCUGCAGCACGGCUGGAGUUUUUCUCAAUGAGGGCAUUAAACAGGAGGGGGAGGAAAGUGGCUAUGAGCGAACAAGUGAUAUGUACAAAGACCUGAGAACUCUUCUGAAGAACAGAUCUCCACAUUUUGCUGAGAACACAAACAAGCAGGAUUUUGCAGCUCAAGAACUUCCAUCAACACAAAAGGUCCAGCAUGUGGAACCGGUUGAUGUGGAGGAACAAGGCCAACCCCAGAGGUCUUACGAGCAACAGGAAAAGAAUGUGCAUGAGAAGCCGAGGCAGCAGCAUACGACGAACAAGGCAGGCGGCGAGAAGAAAUACGAACCAUGUCCGAGAUGGAAGAAUCUCGGUCUCAUGUCUCCGUGUGGUGAAGCAGAGGAAAAGAAAGCCAGUAAGAGCUCCGGAGAGGAGAAGUAUGGUGAAAUCCAGAAAAAAAAGCUGGGCAGAGCCAAGAGCAAGAUGAAAGCAGAAUUCUCUGUGUCCUCUUUACCUGGACGCCUGUCCUCCCAGAAAAUUAAGACCCCGGCAGGAUCCAUGCCAUUGGACGCUUUCAGUGAGAGUUCAUCUGAGAGUGAGGAGGAGGAGGAGCAGCCCGAGCGUCGUCCAGAGAGUAACACAGACCUGCCUUCUGAAUACUGGCAGAUCCAGAAACUGGUUAAGUAUCUCAAGGGAGGCAACCAGACGGCCACUGUGCUCACUCUGUGCGCCAUGAUGGACUUUAAUUUGAUGCAGGAGACGUGCCAACUGGCCAUCCGGGACGUAGGUGGCCUUGAAGUCCUCAUUAAGUUGCUGGAUACACAUGAAGUCAAAUGCAAAAUUGGAUCUCUCAAAAUCCUGAGAAAGAUAAGUCACAACGUGCAAAUCCGUCGAGCCAUUGUUGACAUGGGAGGCCUUCAGAGCAUUGUGAAGAUUCUGGACUCACCGGUGAAGGAGCUCAAGGCCUUAGCUGCCGAGACCGUCGCCAACGUGGCCAGGUUCCGCAGAGCAAGGAGAAGCGUCAGGCAGUAUGGCGGAAUCAAAAAACUGGUAAAGCUGCUGGGCUGUGUCCCUAAUUUAGCCAGCCUGACUGCAAACCAGGAGAAGGAUGUAGAAGUGGCUCGCUGUGGCACUCUGGCACUGUGGAGCUGCAGCAAGAGCACCAAGAACAAGGAGGCCAUCCGUAAGGCUGGGGGCAUCCCUCUGCUGGGACGCCUGCUCAAAUCUCCACAUGAGAACAUGCUCGUUCCUGUGGUGGGCACCUUGCAGGAGUGUGCAUCAGAGGAAAGCUACAGGAUCGCCAUUCAGAUUUUGGGCAUGAUCAAGGAUUUGGUUAAAAACCUGAGCAGUGACAACGACGAGCUACAAAUGCAUUGUGCCAGUGCAAUCUUCAAGUGUGCAGAGGACAAACAAACCCGUGACCUGGUGCGUGAGUACAAAGGGCUGCAGCCGCUGGUUUCACUGCUGCGCAAGGCGGACAACAAACAGCUGCUGGCCGCUGCCACUGGAGCCAUCUGGAAGUGUUCCAUCAGCAUGGAGAAUGUGGCUAAGUUUCAGGAGUACAAAGCCCUGGAGACCCUGGUUGGCCUGCUGACUGAUCAGCCUGAAGAAGUUCUGGUAAACGUGGUGGGAGCCCUGGGAGAAUUUGCCCGGAUACCUGCUAACAAGGCCACCAUCCGCAAGUGUGGAGGCAUCAAGUCACUAGUUAACCUGCUCACUGGAACAAACCAGGCGCUGCUUGUGAAUGUAACCAACGCAGUGGGUGCCUGUGCUACAGAUAUGGAUAACAUGGCAAUCAUUGACCAGCUUGAUGGAGUCCGCCUGGUGUGGUCCUUAUUGAAAAACCCCAGUGCAGAUGUUCAGUCCAGCGCUGCAUGGGCCCUUUGUCCAUGCAUUAAGAAUGCAAAGGAUGCAGGGGAAAUGGUGCGCUCCCUCGUCGGUGGAUUGGAACUGAUUGUUAAUUUGCUGAAGUCAACAAACAACGAGGUGCUGGCAAGCAUUUGCGCCGCCAUCGCCAAAAUAGCCAAAGACAAGGAGAACCUGGCAGUCCUUACCGAUCACGGGGUCGUCCCACUGCUGGCCAAGUUGUCUAACACAACUGAUGACAGGCUCCGUCGCCACCUGGCUGAUGCCAUUGGCCACUGCUGCAUGUGGGGCACCAACAGGGCAUCCUUCGGUGAUGCAGGGGCUGUGGCCCCCCUGGUGCGUUACCUCAAGUCAAAAGACAAGGCAGUCCACCAGAGCACAGUUAUGGCCCUGCACCAGCUGUCCAAGGACCCCAACAAUUGCAUCACCAUGCACAAGAAAGGGGUGGUCAAGCCGCUCAUCCACAUCAUGGGCUCUGAGGAUGAGACGCUCCAGGAGGCUGCUGCUGGCUGUGUGCGCAACAUUCGACUACUGGCGCUGGCUAAUAGGAAAGCCCUGUUAUUUAAUUGACAGUCAAUGAGCCCUGGAAAUUCAAACGGUACCGUAGAAGAAAUCUGCCUUCUGUCUUGUUGUACCUUAUCUUAGAGUUAGCUUCAAAUACAAUGUAUGAGAAAAGUGCAACAAAUAUAAGUACCACAGGUGUUUCUCAUAUGUCGUAUCAAAUGAUACGAGAAAGCUUUCAAAUAAAAAAGUUUUCUCUUGA